CGCUUGUUGCCAACUUCUCGUCAAUCAUUUUGUUCGGUUCGUUUGGUGAAUUUAUUUCCACGGUCGAAGAAAUCAUAAAAAAUCUUUGUCAUCGGGAGUUGAAUUUUAAAGUGACAUUAUGACUUCUAGAAUGCCUGAACUAGGCUCUAAAAUAAGCCUAAUAUCGAAAGCUGAUAUACGUUAUGAAGGUCGGCUUUUCACCGUCGAUCCUCAAGAGUGUACCAUCGCUCUGGCUAGCGUUCGAUCCUUUGGUACUGAGGAUCGUGAGACACAGUAUCCUGUGGCUCCCCAGAGCCAAGUGUAUGACUACAUCCUGUUCCGUGGAUCUGACAUCAAGGACAUCCAAAUACUCAACAAUGUGCCAUCGUUGCCAAAUGACCCAGCCAUCAUGCAGAUGUCAGUGCCACCAUCGCUCGGCGAUGGGGCUGGAGCUCCAGGACAGUUUGCAGGGCAGUUCAAUCACCCAGUUGUUGGUCAAACGCAAUAUGCUCAAUACCAUCCCAUGGCGGGCUUCCCCGGCAGUGUUCAUGCACCAAUCAACAAGACUAGUGAGUUGUCGCCACAAACGUCAGUGGAGCUAGUUCCGCAGCCCCAGCCUGUGACUGCUCCAAUUGGAUCGGGAGUUGCGCACCACUCCAAUCAAGUGAAAGACCAAGGUUCAAUGCUUGAUCUUAUUGGAGGGUCCCAGCGAAAUGUCUCUCGCUCUGGAACUCCUGCUGUUGGAACUCAUAGAAAGAGUCCUACUGCAGACCAAGGAACUCAGCAGGUGGGCUCAAUUGCGGGCGGUUCAGGACAGCAGCGAGACAGCCGUCGCGGGAGCAAUUCAGGUGGCGGUCAGAAGCAGCAACCUAAUCGCAACCGAACCAACUCGCGCAACCGCCAGCGGUACCCGAGCGGCGGGGCCAACACUGUUUCGGGACCUCAGCAACACCAACAGCCUCAGCACCAAAACACGCAAGCCCAACAAGGCCAAGGGCAUCACCAUCAUCAGCCCGGACAAGGAUACGCACGUGGUGGAUGGAGAGGACGACCUCGUGGUCGCGGACGCGGCUUCGUACCGCGAAACAAGAACACUCUCAAGUUCGACAACGACUAUGACUUCGAACAGGCCAACACUGAGUUUGAGGAGCUGCGCAGCCAGUUCGCGAAGACUAAGAUUUCCGAUGGCGAUGCAAAGACAGAGGGCGAGGUUGAUAAGAAAGAUGAUUCUGGUAACGAGACGGGCGCGGGUGAGCCGGAAGUUGAGGAUGAUGGUUUCGCUGGAUAUGAUAGACAGAAGAGCUUCUUCGACAGCAUUUCCUGUGAGGCUGUUGAAAGAUCAAAAGGACGCAACCAGAGAACGGACUGGCGGAUGGAGCGUAAGCUGAACGUGGAGACGUUCGGCGUGGCGAUGGCGCGGCGCGGCGCCUGGCGCGGCCGGCCCGGCUGGCGGCACGGCCCCCACCACAACCCGCACCACCAGCCUAUGUCUUACUUCCCCAGCUGGCGGCCGAUGCGCGGCGGCGGUCGCGGCCGUGCGAACCAAUCGGGCGGCAACCCUGGCCGCCAGCAGCGCUCCACCGCGCCCACCUCCAGUACUGCGACCGCGCAACCGCCUCCGCAGCCUGCCUCCGCUGCCGCCAAGUAGAAGAGAAUGUCACUACACAGAGUAUACCGAAUCUUAACUUAUUAUCGCAAGGACUAAUCAGAGAUGAAAGUAACGGAAAAGUGUAUGUUGGUUAUGUUAUAAAAUUGUUCAUAAUUGUAACGCAAUCAAAAUGUAAUGUUGUAUUCGCGGGAAGGAAUAAUGUGGUAAGGAUUCAAGUUGCUGGACAUUGUUUUGGUGUGAUAGUGUUGUAUCCAAUAUUAUGGAAGGUGUAAGAAGGGAAUUCCCGCAAACAUGCGACAGAGCAUUGUCUUCGUCCGGCUGAGCUCACUGUAGUGUAAGUAAUAGGAGUUGUAGUGAGUGGUACCCACUCAAUGUUGGGCAGUUAAUCAGUUAUUAAAUUGAAUUGUAUGUCAUAAACAGUGAUUGUAAACAGCAAGCGUCAAUGUCUAAAUUGUGAUUACGGAUGGAGAUCGUCCCUGUCUUGAACGGUGAGAUAGAACCGUGCAAUGUUGCCUCAUGUAAAUUUCACCGAGGCGAGGCUACAAGGAAUUUGCAUAGUGUAAUCUGAAAUGUUUUCAAUGAAUUAUAUUUUCAUAAAGCUUCUCACCUGUUAUCCGCGUUUGUGCCUAUUUAAACUGUAAUAAGAGUUAAAUUAAUAUUGUACAUCGUUUUAUUUCCAAAAAGUCAUUGAACUUCCAUUUUAUAUAAGCAAUGACGAUUUAAUAUUACAGCAGUCCUACUAGAAAAGCGUGUUCCUAUGACACAUAGAAAAUUAUUGUAUUGUAGUUUUUCAAUUUAUAUUCUGCUGGCCAGAUGGACUCCGGUCAUUUGUCGAAAAAGUCGAUGACUGUUUAUUAGACGGCGAAUGGCCCUAAGUAAAAAAAAAAUGGAUGACUAAUUUAUUGACUGUCAUUGUAUUGUUAGUUAUAGAUAAAUAAAAUGUGAUAGUAGGACUGCUAGCGAGAUCCGAUGACGAUACCACUGAACGUGCACCGUGUAUGCUCUAGGCUAGCUAGUAAAACAACAAGUCUCUUUCGUUUAGUGUACAGUUUAAAUUGAAAUCAAAUUGGCAAAUUGAAGUGAUCAGAGGGCAUCGUCAUGUUGAUCGCUGUCAGAAUUUAUUGAGCAACAAGUAACUCAUUGUUUUAUCACACAAAUAUAGUAUAUGUAAUUGUAAAUGUUCUGGAAAAGGACUUAGUUUAAUUUCGUGCAUAAAAUUGGAAUCAUUUGUCGUAAAAUAUAUUUAUAAUAUGUGUUGAUCGGUAAGUCCUUUUCGUAUGGAAAUUUGGAAUAAAAUUUUGACAGAAAUACAAUAUAUUUGUAAAAACCUUACUCAACAAUCUGUACCUGGUGAUUGUAUUCAUAUGGAAAUAUACCUUUACAACAAAUCUUCCAAACAAA